AUGUAUAAGGGAGUUUUCUUUUCUUUCUUUCUCAAAUCGUUUAUUUCUUACUUUCUUUCUUGUUCUCUGACUGUCUGUCUGCCUGCCUGCCUGCCUACCUACCUACCUACCUAUCUAUCUAGCUAUCUAUCUAAUAACUUCUCCGAUCAAUUUCUAUGCUAUAUUAUUCUAUCAACAUCUCUCUGUGUGUUCUUUAACUUUAUCUUCUCGGUCUGUUCAUAUCUAUCUAUCUAUCUAUCUAUCUAUCUAUCUAUCUAUCUAUCUCUCUCUCUCUCUAUAUAUAUAUAUAUAUAUAUAUAUAUAUAUAUAUAUAUAUAUAUAUAUAUAUCCAGUCUAUUCAUAUCUAUCUAUCCAAUCUGUACAUUAUCUAUCUAUCUAUCUAUCUAUCUAUCUAUCUCAUCUAUCUAUCUCGGGCACUUCAUGAUCUGUUUAUCUACCUACAUCUCUAUCUAUUCCAAUUUCUUCAUAUCUACCUAUCUAUUCGAGUCUGUUUUAAUCUAUCUAUCUAUCUAUCUAUCUAUCUAUCUAUCUAUCUAUCUAUCUAUCUAUCUAUCUCAGGCAGUUCAUGAUCUAUUUAUCUACCUUCAUCUCUAUCUAUCUAUCUAUUCCAAUUUCUUCAUAUCUAUCUAUCUAUUCGACUCUGUUCUAGACUAUCUAUCUAUCUAUCUAUCUAUCUAUCUAUCUAUCUAUCGUUCCUUACUCUAUUCUCUUUACCUCUAA